GAGACAGAGAAACAGCAGAAGCAGAAGAGGGAGCUGGCGGAUAUCCAGAGGCACCAGAUCGACCAGAUCCACGAGAAGCGGGAGGCCAGGAAGGCAGAGCUCGAGCAGAAGAGGAUCAUCGCCCAGCAGCUCGAGUCGGACGUGCUCGCGUUCGAGCGCGAGAUGCAAAGCAAGUCGAACGCAUCGCGGCAGCGGAACCUGGAGUUCCGCACGGAGCUGGAGAAGCAGAUCCAG